GCGAGAUCCUCGCUUCCUGGUUAAAGAUGGCGGAUGUGAAUGAGACAGCACCGAAGCUGGAGAAAGAAACCGAGGUAGAAGACGACCACGGACAUUGCAGCAAUUGUGAAAAUGAAGAGCAUCACUGUGAUGACGGGGAGAAGGGCAACCCAGGUGCCAAGAAGAAGAAAAAGAAGCAGAAGAAAAAGAACAAGGACCAGUCUGGUGGCAAAGAUGCAGUACCAGAUCCACUGGCCACAGCAAACUCCCUCCCUGCAGAUAAGUUACAGGAGAUUCAGAAGGCCAUCGAGCUGUUCUCAGUGGGACAGUGCCCAGCAAAAACCUUGGAGGAGGCCACACGUCGCAGUUACCAGUUCUGGGACACCCAGCCUGUUCCUAAACUUGGAGAGACGGUGACAUCACAUGGUUUCAUUGAGCCAGAUAAAGAUAACAUUCGAGAGGAGCCCUACAGCCUCCCACAGGGCUUCACCUGGGAUGCUCUAGAUCUGGGAAACUCUGUAGUGUUGAAAGAGUUGUACACUCUCCUAAAUGAGAACUAUGUGGAGGACGAUGACAACAUGUUUCGUUUUGAUUACUCACCCGAAUUUCUGCUCUGGGCUUUGCGUCCUCCAGGUUGGUUGCCUCAGUGGCAUUGUGGAGUGAGAGUGAACUCCAAUCAUAAGCUAGUUGGUUUCAUCAGUGCCAUUCCAGCCAAUGUACGCAUCUACGACAUAGAGAAGAAGAUGGUGGAGAUAAAUUUCCUGUGCGUGCAUAAGAAACUUCGCUCGAAGCGAGUGGCUCCGGUACUUAUCAGGGAGAUCACAAGACGGGUAAACUUGGAGGGCAUCUUUCAGGCUGUGUACACUGCAGGAGUGGUACUGCCUAAACCUGUGAGCACCUGCAGGUACUGGCACAGGUCACUGAAUCCACGAAAACUAAUCGAGGUGAAGUUUUCUCACCUGAGUCGGAACAUGACUAUGCAACGCACCAUGAAGCUCUAUCGACUGCCUGAGACUCCUAAAACUCCAGGUCUGAGGACGAUGACUGUGAAGGAUGUCCCAGCAGUUCAACGUCUGCUGAAAGAGUAUCUGAGUCAGUUUAACCUGGUUCCUGUCAUGAGCCCAGAAGAGGUUCAACACUGGCUGCUGCCACAAGAGAACAUCAUAGACACCUUUGUAGUGGAGAGCCCUGAGGGGAAGGUGACUGAUGUCCUGAGUUUCUACACGCUGCCGUCCACCAUCAUGAACCAUCCUGUGCACCGCAGUCUGAAGGCAGCCUACUCUUUUUAUAACGUACACACCACUACCCCCCUGCUGGACCUGAUGGGAGAUGCUCUCAUCCUCGCCAAGAUGAAAGGAUUUGAUGUCUUUAAUGCACUGGACCUAAUGGAGAACAAGACUUUUUUGGAGAAGCUCAAGUUUGGCAUUGGAGAUGGAAACCUGCAGUAUUACCUCUACAAUUGGAAAUGUCCCAGCAUGGGCUCAGAAAAGGUGGGUUUGGUACUGCAGUGACCCAUUCCACCAUCAGUGAGGACAAGUUAUGACAUUACGCACUGACCACCUGACAGAUGCUACCAAUGGACAUCCUGAUUGAGGAAGGAGAAUUCACCGCCCAUUUUUACAUUUGAACUAUGAACUUUUGGACCUGCACUACUGCUGCCAGGCUGAGAGAGGAUGUGAUUUCUCUUUCCUCUCUCAUUUCUCCCUCACUUUUUUCUUAUUUCUCUCUGCGCAUGGACCUAAAGCCAUUGUAUUUACCAUCAUGAGAGUUGAGGAAACUUAAUCUGUUAUGAUUGUUAAUAAUUGUGCACGCACACAAACACACUCCUAUAUAUAACUACAAGAAAAGGUAUUGUGCUACUCACGUUCUUAGAUUCAACUUAUACAGUAUAACAUGUUUACCCUCCAUGCCCAGUGGGAGGCGAUUUUGCAAAAUAAAAAAGAGAGAGAAAAGGAUGAAAUCGUUCUUUCUCUUAAGUGUUUUAGAAAGGACUGAAAAACAAAACUAUCAAGGACACAAAUAUUCUUAGAGGAAAAACUGCAAAAAUCAAAUGAGAUAAUAAAAAUCCAAAGUGGACAUGAAAAA